CAUCUGUCACUACUCCACCACACAUCUGUCACUACUCCAUAACACAUCUGUCACUACUCCACCACUCGUCUAUCACACCACAUCACACACUCCUCCAUCACACACGACUCCGCCAUCAUCCGUCACUACUCCACCACCCAUCAGACACUCCUCCACCUCUCCCCCGUCCCGUCCUCCGCGCCCCAUCUCCCUCCCGUCUCCCCCUCUCCUGACGCCUCCUCCCUCGUCUUCUCUCUCCCUCCUCCUCCUCCUCCCUCCCGGCCUCUCCCGGUCCCCUCCUCCCGCCUGUCUCCGGGCAGGACACGGAAGAUGGCGGCGGAUGAUCGGUCCCGGUCGGACUCGGCUAAAGAGAAGCGGCAGGUGCAGCUGAGGGGGUGGCUGGGCUCCGAGACGGAUCGAUGUCUGCCGCCCGGCUCCACUCGCCGCCCGCCCCGGGUGCGCUUCGCCCAAGGAGCCGUGUUUAUGGCCGCCUGUUCGGCUGGAGACCGGGAGGAGGUUCGGCAACUGCUGGCGGCCGGAGCUCAGAUCAAUAGCACCAACGUGGACGGGCUGACGGCUCUGCACCAGGCCUGUAUUGAUGAAAAUAUGGACAUGGUUCAGUUUCUGGUGGAGAACGGAGCGUGCGUGAACCAGCAGGACAACGAGGGGUGGACCCCGCUCCACGCAGCAGCGUCCUGUGGCUUUGUGAGCAUAGCACAGUACUUGAUCUCUAAAGGUGCAAAUGUAGCUAUUGUAAAUAGUGAAGGGGAGCUCCCUCUGGACGUGUCUCACGAGAGCGCCAUGGAGAAACUGCUGAAGAGUGAGAUCAAGAAGCAAGGUGUUGAUUUAGAUGCAGCACGAAAAGAGGAGGAGGAGCUUAUGUUAAGAGAUGCGCGACGUUGGGUGAACAAUGGAAAAUACGAAGACAUUCGGCAUCAUUCCACUGGGGCUACUCCUUUGCAUGUAGCAGCUGCAAAAGGCUAUACCGAAGUCAUAAGGAUGCUUCUACAAUUGGGCUUUGACGUGGAUUCCCGGGACUUGGAUGGAUGGACUCCUCUGCACGCAGCCGCUCACUGGGGCCAACAAGAAGCAUGCCGCCACCUGUGUGAGGCUCUCUGUGACAUGGAGGCUGUCAACAAAGUGGGCCAGACACCCUUUGAUGUUGCAGACGACGGUUUGGAAUCUUUCCUGGAAGAGAUGAAGAAGAAACAGAGUGUGUUACGCUUGGAGAAGAUGAAGAAUGCGCCGCAGAUAAUGUCUCAGACGAGUCCUCCUAAUCAAAAUGCGGCUGGCAGAACUAGGAGGAGUUCUAUUUCUCGUCUGAGCAGCCAAGAGAAGGUUGCACUUCGUGUGCAAGACAAAGAACGCCGAACACAGCCCAUCAGCUCUACAGUACCCACCAGCCAACCAAUUGCUUCCAGUUCUGAUGAAUCUGGCUCUGAUGCUGAGUCUGAAAAAGUGAAAGCUCAAGAAAGAAUUAAUAAUCUAAACAAUCAGUUGCGCAACCUUUCAACGACAACCACAAAGAAGACCUCAGCAGUACCGGAGCAGGAGAAAACUGAGCCACCCUUAGGCUCAUGGCGAGCCUCCUUGAGGAAGACUGGUAGUUCUGGCACAUUGAGCUCUGGCACCACGUCUGAAGAAGGCAGGAGGGCAGCACUACCUAAAUCUGCCUCCAGCUCCCAGCUAGCAGACAGAGACAAGACUGGGUCUGAACUCCGUUUAGCUCGUGUACCUCCAAGUCAAAAACUGUUUAGUAACCAGGAAAAUGUGAGGGAGUCUCAGUAUAGCCGCGGGUCAUUCACUCGGCAGCGCACUGAUGGAGAUGAAGGACUCAACUCACUCCGUAGACAGAGGGAGCCUCUGACAUCAAGGUCUGAAUCAACCCUAUCGAGAAGAGAGGCAUCGACAACUAAGCCAGAAACUACAUUAACAAGUGGAAACACUUUGUCUUCUAAAGUAGAUGCCAAUGUGUCACUGCCAAAUUCACUUACAAGAACCUCUGACACUGCAAACACCACAAGUACAAAUUCAGAGCCAGUCACCACUACAGAGACCAAAGAGCGACGCAGGUCUUACCUGACCCCUGUGAGAGAUGAAGAGGCUGAAGCUCAGAGAAAGGCAAGGUCUCGACAUGCACGACAGUCUCGCCGAUCCACUCAGGGAGUGACUCUCACAGAUCUGAAAGAGGCUGAAAAGGUCAUUAAAGGUCAACAGGAAAAUAAAGACACCGUGUCAGAGCCAGAGAAGACCCAGGACGAGACCAGCAAAGACAACAAUACAAAGCCAAGGAGCAGCCGUGCCACCAGUGAUGAUGGGGGAGAGGUCAGCUGGAGAUCCCGAAUCGCCAGUUUGCAGAAAUCUGAUCUUUUAGGUUUAACCACUCCAGAUCCAACUCCAACAUCUUCAGGUUCACAGAGACGUGGAGGAGGACAGAGCCUAGAGAGCAAAGAGAUGCAGAAGUCCCAGGAGGACGAGAAAGAAAGUGACGAACGAGGUGGCAGGGGCAAGGCAGGUGUGCGGGAUCGGAGAAGGCCACGAGGGAAGAGGAGAUCCACUGGAGUUCCAUUGACCACAAGAGAUAGUGAUGGUGAGGAAUCUGAGGAAGAGGAUGGAACAGAGGAAAGUCCGCCAACUCAGGUAGAUGGACUUGGCUCUCGUACUAAAACAUCUUUUAGGACAGACACAGUUUCCAAUGCGCACACUGCAAGCCGGGUAGAAGCAGCCAUUGCGGCUGAACACAGGGACACGAAGGAUUUUAAAAAGAUGUAUGAAGACUUGAUGAGAGACAAUGGACGUCUUCGCUCCCAGCUGCUAAACACCCAAAACUUGGUGAAUGAGACUAAAGCAGAGUUGGAAAGAGCCAACCAAAGGCAGGAAAGAAGUGUUGACAGAUCCUUUCUGAUUGAUACAGAGAAGAAGGAGAAGGUAAUCUUGGAGCGUAGAGUAUCUGAACUUCAAGAUGAGCUGAAGGUUCUCGGGGAUCUGAAGGCUGAUAACCAGCGCUUGAAAGAUGAGAACGGAGCUCUAAUCCGAGUUAUUAGUAAGCUAUCCAAAUAGCAGCGCUGCCUCAGGACCUGCUCCAUGUUACCUGCUCUCCCUCCAGUCACCCCAAUGGGACAGACCAGGUGGAUGUAGAAUAUGACAGGGAGCUGGGGAUUAUUGGAUGUGUGAUCUGCCUCUCCUCCAUAUUACCACUUCACUUGUUUUCCACACCGCCACCCCUGAGACUGUCUGGGAAUUGUCACUUCAGAGGCCACUUUGGGAGCUAUACUGUUAACACAGUCAAAGAUCAAGACCACCUGCAAAUAGUGGAGGGCUGUGCACCAAACAAAAACAGACUUCUCAGAGUCCUUUUAAGACAAAAGUUUUUAAGACAAAAUGUUGGUUGAAAAAAAGGCGAUUUACGACGCUCAACAUUCAGGGCAGCUUUCCUGACAUUGUGGCACAUUUCUAGAAUAUAGAUUUUCGGCAGCCUUAUGAGAAUCUAGCCUUAAACACAGGAACUGAUUCCAACCUCCCAAGAUAUUCCACUUGCGACCUCCACCUAUAAACCAUUCAGUGAUGGUAUAAAAGGAUAACAGGACAGGCAAACACCAUUUUGUCAUCCCGCAAAUCCCUCGUGCCUUGACCUUGUGGAGUACUAUGGAUUAUUAGAGAGGAAUUCUGAUGGCUCCGAUACCAGAGGGUGCCUGCUGUAUAAUUCCUGACCACUGCUUCCUCCUACUCCAGAUAGUCACAGGACGGAGAACAGAGAUAUGAGUGGGGAGAGCAACACUUGACCAUCCAGAUCCAAUGUUUGGAAGAGCACAAGUCAAUAUGAUCGUGUUUUGUCUUGGUUUGUUUUUUCCUUCUGUUUUUUUUUUCUUUUUUUUUUCCUUUCGCAACUGAUGUCACUUUGUUGAGCAAGCUGCCAGUAUGGGUAGGUAACACCGUAUGGUCUGUUUCAUGAGCACAUUUUAAACACUAGAAUCUUUUGCAUUAUUCCCCCCCCCCCCCCCCCACAUUUGAUAGGUUUUCGUAUUGUUUUAUCAGGAAGAGAGAGGAUUUUUAGUUUAUUUAUUAUCAUUAUUUUUACGUUGGGAGGCUGUGGUCAUUUUCUUUCUCCUCCCCUUGAGAGGUAUUUCAGAUAAAAUCGCCACCUAAGGGCAAUGCUGCUAUUACAGAAUAAUUUAGCAUUCAUAGAAAACUCUAGUUCCAGUACGGGACGUUUGGAUAGAGCUGAGCUGUCACAUGGCAUUGUGCCCUCUCCAACUUUACACGGACAGUGGGGGGUUACAGAAGAGGUGGAACCUGACACGGAUCUUUGAAGGAAAAUAUGCGUCAUUGAGAUAACAGCCGCUAGUGACUACAAAGUAGAAAUUGUACAGUAACAGUGAAGGGGGAAAACACCAAACCUCCCCGAUGUAGGACUAAGGAGCACAUACAAGCCCUAUGUGAUAGACCGUUUUAUAUUUUGGCUGGAUUAUUUCUUAAAGGAGUAAUCCAAUAAAUCCCAAUUUAUUAUUAUUAUUAUUAUUAUUAUUAUUAUUUUUUUUUUUUUACAAAUAGCUGAUAAUAAGAAAAGGAAUAAUACUUGCCCUACCAACCUCCUGCUGUUCUCAUGCCAAUGAUUUUCUGGUCACCAGGUUGUCUCUGUUUUCUGCACUCCAGCAAUGGAGAUAGGUAAACAUGGACCACUAGGGAACCAGGGAAGAGUUAGUACAAGGGCAGCAGAGGUUUGGUAAGGUGAAUAUUACUCUUUAUCAUUUUAUAUGAUUAUUAGCUGUUUUGUAUAAACCCUUAGAAGCCCUUUGUAAGCUAGGAGCAAGGCUUAGCUUCUCCCUAUGCUUUCAUAUCAGAAACUAAAGCAGUCAAAUGUUCCCAAUCGGAAGGCAGGGCCUGAGCUUAGCAGGGGAAUAACUUUUCAGAAACAAAGUAAAACAUUUGUAUAGCUGUCAUGUCAGAUCGCACAAUUCUAAACUAUUGUUAAUGGCAGUGCUAGAAAUACCAGGGGAAUUUAGUUGAUUCACAGGUCUUAAAAUGUUGGUUAGGCUGGGUUCACAUCACGUUUUUUCCCCCAUACGGGAGCACAUACGGCGGGGGGAGCGAAAAACUUGCGCUCCCGUAUCCCUGCUGUAAUUCAUUUCAAUGAGCCGACCGGUUCUCUCUGAUCGGCUCAUUGAAAUUAAUUACAUACCGGCCGCAUACGGCAGGGAUACGGGAGCGCAAGUUUUUAGCUCCCAUCUGCCAUAUGCGCUCCCGUAUGGGGAAAAAACGUGAUGUGAACUCAGCCUAAACCAUAGUCCGGAAAGGGUAAAUGGACCACUGGAUGCUGUGCACCAGCCCAUUCCAUAGUAUAGUGCCUAUAGCAUUAAAGGGGUACUCCACUGCUCAGCG